UUUUGACACCUUUGGCGUAUAACUGGUUGCCUACAAUAGUUGUCAAAAAAAUAAUGUUAAAUUGGCAAGUGGCAUAAAAACAUGACACCUUCGCUUAAAAUAUCGCAAAAAAUAAUUGAUAAACUUUCAAACUGCAGUCACGAAUUUUUGGGAAAACUCUACGGCAUCGUUACAAAAAACACUUUUAUAGUUUUGGGAUUACAAGUCGAGCUUGUGGACGGAUCCGCAAAUGCUUUAAUUAAUUCUCUACCGGCUGAAAUUUACCUUUGUGGAGUUCUUCAAUCUGGGAGUGGAAUUUUUGAUGAACAAUUAAUUAAAAACAGUCUGGCUGAAGUCUACGUCACCGACAAUCCCGUUUUUAUCUAUUAUAACUCAACUACUAAUAAAAUCACCUCAAGUUUUUACAUAAACGAUCAACUGGAAACAAUAAAGUUUACCACCAUUUCUGAGCAAGAAAUCUUGUCACAGUUCCUCUAUUUGAGACUCAAAGCCAAUGUGCCUUUAACAUGCGAACUUGUCACAAAUUCGCUUAAGGAUUCUUUUACUAGUUUAAGGAAAAAUGUAGCGUCAGGUGUUAUGACCUUCGGAUUUGGUAAAAAUAUUUAUUUAGCGGGGACGGACAGUGAUGGGGUCGUUGGGGUAACACAGAAUGUCUCUAUUGGGGAGCUUUUUGAAACAAAUGAACCCAGUGAAGGGGGUGCUAGGAAGAAAAAGGUGCAAAAUUAUGAAGUCGACGUUAUGGGGGUGGAUAUGCUGAAAACCAUGACAAAAGAGAAUGGGUUUAUGGACCGCGAACAUGCUCCCUUGUGUGUCUUGGAUAAGAAACAGUGCAAAACCAUGACCAUCAUGGUGUCCAUCGACUCCUUAUCAAUGGUAAAUCGUCAAACAAAAAUCGCAAAUCUUUAUGAGAUUUUAGUCGAGAGUGCUGUGAGAAAUUUACGGCUUUUGGAAAGCAGUAUUUUGUAUAAAUUACAAAACGAAGAUGAGAAAAUUACACCACCGGAAGUUUAUCAUUUUUAUCCCGACGACUGUGGCCACUUCGUCACAAAAAUCUACCUUAAAGGCGACAGCGAGGAUGUUUUAUUAUCAGUUCGAGAAAGACUUCAUAAUGAGCUUUUACUGAGCGGCAGUAGACCGAUGUUCAGACGUGCCAAUAGUUUCGCUUUUAAAACGAAAAACCCUGGCAACGAACCACUUAUCAACCCUCAUCUGGGUCUCAGACCGACUGAUAACGGGGGCAAAGUGGCGUUAGUUAAGGGCAGAUAUGCGUAUUAUCACUAUUGUCAAAACAAAAUGGACGACAACGGCUGGGGUUGCGCUUACAGAUCCCUGCAAACACUGGCAUCCUGGUUCAAACUUCAGGGAUUCACCGAUAAAGAAGUUCCGACUUUUAAAGAUAUACAAAAGUGUCUAGUAGAUGUCGGUGAUAAGCCAUCGAGUUUCAUAGGGUCCAAACAGUGGAUCGGCUCGACUGAAGUUAAUUACAUUUUAAAUACACUCCUAGGAGUGACUUGUAAAAUUUUAUACGUGAGUUCGGGAGAGGAAAUGGGGAGUAAAGGACCGGAACUGUUGAGUCACUUCGAAAAUCAUGGAUCACCGGUUAUGAUUGGAGGGGGAGUUCUAGCGCAUACUAUACUGGGGGUGGAUUAUAAUUCACAAAGUGGCAAUUUGAGGUUUUUAAUACUUGAUCCGCAUUAUACAGGAAGUGAGGAUUUAUAUAUGAUACAGAAUAAGGGGUGGUGUGGAUGGAAAAGUGUGGAUUUUUGGGACAAAACAGCGUAUUAUAAUAUGUGUUUACCACAGGUCCCCAAAGGCAUUUAAAAAUAAUUAUAAUUCUUUCUUAAUUUACGGUCAAAUAAAGGAUGUUUUGCACAAUUAAAACAAAAA